AUGUUUCCCCAAUUUCUGAUGUGUGCUCUCGAUUUGAUGACAUGGAGACGGAUCAGAAAGUUGAAUCGAGAUGGGAAAGUCUCGCGAGCUGAAAAUUUACUCAUGACCCAGAUGCUUUUCAACACAUUCGCAGUAAUGGGCGUUAUUUUGUUCAAUGGAUUGGGUGCUUUCGUGGCUUCUUACUUUGGACUCAACAUUCGCGGAAUGAUUCCAGAACUUUUUGGCAAACUGCAGCUAAUCGUAGUCCUUAUCGGUACCAGCUUGAUGAAUGCCAUCUUUCUGCACAAACCGAGAGAGAAAACGAAAACGAAUGGAAAAAUCGUACAAGUCACCAAGACAAAUACAAAAGAUAGCGAU